ACAUCUUUAUUUCUGCUUUUACUCCAUUUUGCCAUGUUUCAUUCAGCAGACAGCACUUUGAAGCGCAAUUCCAUUCCUCCACCUCGCUGUCGUUUCACAGCCAGUUACUCUUCCUGUUGUGGUACUGCAACAGGGGGAGCUGAAGAUGAGGGUGAGGCUGAAGCUGGCUGGAUUGAAGGUGCUGCCAUCCUUCUCUCUGUUAUCUGUGUUGUACUUGUCACUGCCUUCAAUGACUGGAGCAAGGAGAAGCAGUUUCGUGGGCUUCAAAGCCGUAUUGAGCAGGAACAGAAAUUCACUGUUGUCCGGGGCGGACAGGUUAUCCAGAUCCCAGUGGCAGAGAUAGUAGUUGGUGACAUUGCACAGGUGAAAUAUGGUGAUCUUCUACCUGCCGAUGGGAUAUUUAUUCAAGGAAAUGAUCUGAAAAUCGAUGAAAGUUCUCUAACUGGAGAGUCAGACCAAGUCCGCAAAUCUGUUGACAAAGACCCAAUGCUGCUGUCAGGUACUCACGUCAUGGAAGGCUCUGGACGAAUGCUAGUAACUGCUGUGGGCGUGAAUUCUCAGACAGGCAUCAUCUUCACCCUGCUAGGUGCUGGAGGAGAAGAAGAGGAAAAGAAAGAUAAGAAAGAUUCUUCCCAUCCCUCCUCCCACCCUCCUUCAGCCACAGAUGGUGCAGCAGGUGCAAAUGCCACAGAUAAUGCAAAUGCCAGCUUAGUCAAUGGCAAAAUGCAGGAUGGGAAUAUGGAGAACAGCCAGAACAAAGCCAAGCAGCAGGAUGGGGCUGCUGCCAUGGAGAUGCAGCCGCUGAAGAGUGCAGAAGGGGGAGAGGGAGAUGACAAAGACAAGAAGAAAUCCAACAUGCACAAGAAAGAAAAAUCUGUUCUUCAGGGAAAGCUGACCAAGCUGGCAGUCCAGAUAGGCAAAGCAGGUCUGGUGAUGUCUGCCAUCACUGUAAUCAUUUUGGUACUAUAUUUUGCCAUUGACACGUUUGUGGUCAACAAGAAGCAGUGGUUGCCUGAGUGCACUCCUGUCUACGUUCAGUAUUUUGUUAAAUUCUUCAUUAUUGGUGUUACUGUUCUUGUGGUAGCUGUUCCUGAGGGACUUCCACUUGCUGUCACUAUUUCUCUGGCUUAUUCUGUAAAGAAAAUGAUGAAGGAUAACAAUCUGGUCCGCCACUUAGAUGCUUGUGAAACUAUGGGUAAUGCCACAGCCAUCUGCUCCGACAAAACAGGGACACUCACCACCAACCGCAUGACGGUCGUCCAAGCCUACGUUGGUGAUGUCCACUACAAAGAGAUCCCGGACCCAGAUUCUGUACCCGCCAAAACCCUUGAUUUGCUGGUUAAUGCAAUUGCUAUCAACAGUGCUUAUACUACAAAAAUUCUG